AUGCUCAACUCACUCACGCUUACAGUGCUGAGUGGAUUGGCACUGCUUCCACAACCAGGGGCAGCGCGUCCUGAGCCACAAACAGUUUGCCCUCACGCCGAGGUCACUCUGCAGCCUGUGGUCUGUGUCGAAAAAGUUCCAAUUUACAUCAGCACACUUGUGUGUUCGAACACAGUGUUGACCAUCGCCGGGACUACCAUAAACGUUUCCAAUGCACCGACUCUUCUUAUUUCCGAAUUCUUGGCCACCACGACCGCACGUUCGACUUCAACCUUAAACCCUGAUUCUGCUUUCACCGGACCCCUCACCACUGUGACUGGUGGGACAUGGACGGGCACCACUGCAACGACCUUGACCGUCCCCCCCGCCGGCUCUGACACAACAGGAACAGUUGUGAUUCUCGAGCCUACCAAACAGGGCCCUGGGUUUACCGGUCCCUUUACCACCGUCACAGGAGGCAUAUGGACUGGCACAGCUGCCACAACCGUGACUCUUGCCCCAAACCCUGGCGAUCCCACUGGCACAGUGAUUAUCCUCGAUCCUUCUUCUGAUUCCGGCUUCGAUGGACCAUUCACUACUAUAACUGGUGGUACAUGGACUGGCACAGCACCUACUACGAUUACAGUUGCGCCUGAUGCAGGAGACCCUACUGGCACGGUCAUUGUUCUGAACCCGACUGCAGACUCGGACUUCAGCGGACCAUUCACCACGGUCACAGGUGGGAGUUGGACUGGCACAGCACCAACUACUAUAACCAGACCGCCAGGUGCUGGGGAUUCCACUGGCACCAUUAUUAUUCUCAACCCAACUGUGACCGACGCAGUCACCUUUACUGGGCCGUUCACUACAGUCACCGGCGGGAGCUGGACUGGUACAGCCACCACAGCCUUUACACUGCCCCCUGGGCCAGGGGAUUCUACGGGCACUGUAGUGAUCCUUGAUCCAGAAGUCACUGAUGCUACUAUCUUUACUGGUCCAUUCACAACGGUGACUGGAGGUAGCUGGACUGGUACUGCUGCCACCACAGUCACCGUCCCUCCUGGCCCGGGAGAUACUACGGGUACUGUGGUUGUUCUCAAUCCCGAGGGUACCGCGACCACUUUCACUGGCCCGUUCACAACGGUGACUGGUGGUAGCUGGACUGGCACUGCUGCCACCACAGUCACCGUCCCUCCUGGCCCGGGAGAUACUACGGGUACUGUGGUUGUUCUCAAUCCCGAGGGUACUACGACCACUUUCACUGGCCCGUUCACAACGGUGACUGGUGGUAGCUGGACUGGCACUGUUGCCACCACAGUCACCGUUCCUCCUGGAUCUGGCGAUGCCACUGGAACCGUGAUUGUCCUUGAGCCUGAGAUCACAGGAGCGACCACUUUCACUGGCCCGUUUACAACGGUGACUGGUGGUAGCUGGACUGGCACCGCUGCCACAACAGUCACCGUUCCUCCUGGAUCUGGCGAUGCCACUGGAACCGUGAUUGUCCUUGAGCCUGAGAUCACAGGAGCAACAACUUUCACAGGUCCUUUUACAACGGUGACUGGUGGUAGCUGGACUGGCACUAGUGCAACGACUGUUACUCUGCCUCCUGGUCCUGGCGACGCUACUGGAACCGUGAUUGUCCUCGAGCCUGAGAUCACAGGAGCGACAACUUUCACAGGUCCUUUUACAACAGUGACUGGAGGUAGCUGGUCUGGCACUAGUGCAACGACUGUUACUCUGCCUCCUGGCCCUGGCGACGCCACUGGAACAGUCAUUGUGCUGAACCCCACUGCAACAGAGGCUCCAGUCUUUACAGGACCUUUCACUACGAUUGAUGGCGGAAGCUGGACUGGAACUGUCCCUACGUCUAUUACCCUGCCUCCAGGACCAGGUGACUCUACAGGAACGGUUAUUAUUCUUGACCCCCAACAGACAGACGCCGCCACUUUCACUGGGCCCUUCACAACUGUUGAUGGCGGAAGCUGGACUGGGACCGUGCCUACCACUAUCACCCUGGCUCCCGACGAAGGCGAUCCCACUGGCACUGUCAUUAUCUUGAGUCCUACGCCGACGGGCCCAGCCACCUUCACUGGGCCCUUCACAACUGUCGAUGGCGGAAGCUGGACUGGGACAGUACCAACUACAAUCACGCUGGCCCCUGACGAAGGCGAUCCUACUGGCACAGUUAUUAUCUUGAAUCCUACGUCGGAUAUUACGACGACUUUCACUGGGCCAUUCACAACUGUUGAGGGUGGUAGCUGGACAGGUUCGGUUCCUACAUCAAUUACCCUCCCACCGGGACCAGGCGACGCCACGGGCACUAUCAUUGUGCUUGACCCUUCCAAUGCGGCUGAAACUACCUUUACCGGCCCCUUUACCACAGUCACGGGAGGUUCUUGGACAGGAACUGUCCCUACAGCGUUUACGAGGGAUCCGGCUUCUGGUGACCUGACGGGUACUGUGGCUCGUGGACUGGCUCCGGUCCUUCAACCUUGA